AUGGGCAAUGCAGCUCUCUGCCCCUCGUGCCACGCGGGCAAGAGCGUGAAGGCCCAGGGGCACGCACAGGAGGCAGACAGAGCCCCCGACUACUACGGCUGCCCCGGCGAGGACGCCCCGGAGCUGGGGCCGCGGGUAAGUGCCGAGCAGACGCAGAGGGAGGAUGAGUCAGAGGUCCUAGUGGACCUCAUUGGAGCCGGCUGUGGCCGCACUGCAGGUUACUUACUUCGGAGCGAGACCACGAGGCUCGGAGAGGCCAUGCUAGGCCAGGGGCUGAGUGUCUGGAGAUCCCUCCUGUACGGGGAGGUCGCAGCCGGCAGCCCCCCUGAAGGCAGUGAUCGGAUCGCCAGCCUGGAACGGCUGGACUUUCCGGAGCUCACGGGCACCCCCUACUCGUGUGGGGCCUGCGACGGGAAGGGCAUGUCUUUGCGCCUUCCCUUGAAACCCGCGUCUGAGAAGCAUAAGGACAACGGUGGUCCCCCAAGCGGAGUCGCCUCGGUGUCUCUGAGCGAACGAACGGGUUUAUACGAGGAGGAGAGCGUUUUUUCAGAAAUAAAAGACAUUCAGCAGCUUCCUGUGAAGGAGACCAUCACCACUGAGGCCUACGACCUGCAGCCUCACUUCAGCCUUGUUCUGGGAUCUGUGUUCUGGGACCAUCUGCUCGCCUCGGCACUUGCAACGUGCUCCCUGUCUCUGCCUGUUUGUGUCGCUGAGUUUGUGGAGGCCACGGAGUGGCCUGGGCCUGGUUCCUGGCUCCCAUCCGACCUGAAUUUCCGCGCAGAGACACCUGACUGGGAAUACUGGGAACCCCCAGGAAUGUCGGGGACCCCCAGGAAUACUGGGAACCCCCAGGAAUACCGGGGACCCCCUGGGAAUACCGGGAACCCCCAGGAAUACCGGGGACCCCAGGAAUACCGGAACCCCCCAGGAUACCUGGAAGGUGAGGGCCAGCCCCCAUCCUGCCCGUUCCCUGUGCACCCGUGGGAGCUGGGCUCUGCUGGGAAGCGAGACGUGCGGACGGGCAUGAGCCUUGGCCUGGCGUGGAUGACCUGCUUCUGCGUCAUGACCAACCGUGUGAACACAGAAAGCGGAGUAAACCCUCGCUCCCACCACAGCGCGAGCUCCGAGCGGCCACCACGGGGAGGCGGGCAGGUGCGGGUGCGGGUGCGGAAUGGACUCAACGCCCUCCACCUGGCGGCCAAGGAGGGCCACGUGGGGCUGGUGCAGGAGCUGCUGGGCAGAGGGUCGGCCGUGGACUCCGCCACCAAGAAGGGGAACACGGCUCUCCACAUUGCCUCGCUGGCGGGACAGGCGGAGGUCGUCAAGGUGCUGGUCAAGGAAGGCGCUAACAUCAACGCCCAGUCCCAGAACGGCUUCACGCCCCUGUACAUGGCUGCCCAGGAGAACCACAUCGAGGUCGUGAAGUACCUGCUGGAGAAUGGCGCCAACCAGAGCACCGCCACCGAGGAUGGCUUCACGCCGCUGGCGGUGGCGCUGCAGCAGGGCCACAACCAGGCGGUGGCCGUGCUCCUGGAGAACGACACGAAGGGCAAGGUGCGGCUGCCCGCCCUGCACAUCGCCGCCCGCAAGGACGACACCAAGUCGGCGGCGCUGCUGCUGCAGAACGACCACAACGCGGACGUGCAGUCCAAGAUGAUGGUGAAUAGGACGACUGAGAGCGGCUUCACGCCCCUGCACAUCGCCGCCCACUACGGCAACGUCAACGUGGCCACCCUCCUGCUCAACCGGGGAGCCGCCGUGGACUUCACCGCCCGGAACGGGAUCACCCCUCUGCACGUGGCCUCCAAACGGGGAAACACAAACAUGGUGAAGCUCCUGCUGGACCGCGGAGGUCAGAUCGACGCCAAAACCAGGGAUGGGCUGACGCCGCUGCACUGCGCGGCCCGGAGCGGGCACGACCCGGCGGUGGAGCUGCUGCUGGAGCGGGGCGCGCCCCUGCUGGCCAGGACCAAGAACGGGCUGUCCCCGCUGCACAUGGCCGCGCAGGGCGACCAUGUGGACUGCGUCAAGCACCUGCUACAGCACAAGGCGCCCGUGGACGACGUCACGCUGGACUACCUGACGGCCCUGCACGUGGCCGCGCACUGCGGCCACUACCGCGUCACCAAGCUGCUUCUGGACAAGAAGGCCAACGCCAACGCCCGAGCCCUGAACGGCUUUACUCCACUGCACAUUGCCUGCAAGAAAAACCGCAUCAAAGUCAUGGAGCUGCUGGUGAAAUACGGGGCUUCCAUCCAGGCGGUCACCGAGUCGGGCCUCACGCCUAUACACGUGGCGGCCUUCAUGGGCCACCUGAACAUUGUGCUGCUGCUGCUGCAGAACGGCGCCUGCCCAGACGUCACUAACAUUCGUGGGGAGACGGCACUGCACAUGGCGGCCCGGGCGGGCCAGGUGGAGGUGGUGCGAUGCCUGCUGCGCAACGGCGCCCUGGUCGACGCCAGAGCCCGGGAGGAGCAGACGCCUCUGCACAUCGCCUCGCGCCUGGGCAAGACGGAGAUCGUGCAGCUGCUGCUCCAGCACAUGGCGCACCCGGACGCGGCCACCACCAACGGGUACACGCCCCUGCACAUCUCCGCCCGCGAAGGCCAGGUGGACGUGGCCUCGGUCCUCCUGGAGGCCGGGGCUGCCCACUCCUUAGCUACCAAGAAAGGCUUCACCCCGCUGCACGUGGCCGCCAAGUAUGGCAGCCUGGAUGUGGCCAAGCUGCUGCUGCACCGGCGGGUGGCGGCCAACUCCGCGGGGAAGAACGGCCUGACCCCACUGCACGUGGCCGCCCACUAUGACCACCAGGACGUGGCCGUGCUGCUGCUGGAGCGAGGCGCGUCCCCGCACGCCACGGCCAAGAACGGCUACACUCCCCUGCACAUCGCCGCCAAGAAGAACCAGACGCAGUUCGCGUCCACGCUCCUCAGCUACGGGGCCGUGACCAACGUGGUGACGAAGCAGGGCGUGACCCCGCUGCACCUGGCCUCCCAGGAGGGGCACUCGGACAUGGUCACCUCGCUCCUGGACAAGGGCGCCGACGUCCACACGUCGACCAAGAGCGGACUCACAGCCUUGCACCUCGCAGCCCAGGAGGACAAAGUGAACGUCGCUGACAUUCUCGUCAGGCACGGGGCGAACCAGGACGCCCACACGAAGCUCGGUUACACUCCUUUAAUUGUGGCCUGUCACUAUGGAAAUGUGAAAAUGGUCAACUUCCUUCUGAAGCACGGAGCCAGUGUCAACGCCAAAACCAAGAGUGGCUACACGCCCCUGCACCAGGCCGCACAGCAGGGCCACACACACAUCAUCAAUGUGCUGCUGCAGCAUGGGGCGCGGCCCGAUGCCACCACCACGAAUGGCAACACGGCCCUGGCCAUCGCUAAGCGGCUGGGCUACAUCUCGGUGGUCGACACUCUGAAGGUUGUGACGGAGGAGGUCACCACCACCACGACAACUAUCACUGAGAAACACAAGCUGAAUGUUCCCGAGACCAUGACCGAAGUGCUGGACGUCUCUGACGAAGAGGGAGACGACACGAUGACCGGAGACGGCGGGGAGUACCUGCGGCCCGAGGACCUGAAGGAGCUGGGGGACGACUCGCUGCCCAGCAGCCAGUUCCUAGACGGGCUGACUUACCUGCGCUACAGCCUGGAGGGCGGGCGCUCCGACAGCCUCCGGUCCUUCAGUUCCGACAGGUCGCACACCCUGAGCCACGCCUCCUACCUGAGGGACAGCGCCAUGAUCGACGACACCGUUGUGAUCCCCAGCCACCAGGUGUCAGCGCUCGCCAAGGAGGCGGAGAGGAACGCCUACCGCCUCAGCUGGGGCCCCGAGCACCUGGACAAUGUGGCCCUUUCUUCCAGCCCCAUCCACUCAGGCUUCCUGGUCAGCUUCAUGGUGGACGCCCGCGGGGGCGCCAUGCGCGGCUGCAGACACCACGGGCUCCGCAUCAUCAUCCCGCCGAGGAAGUGCACGGCCCCCACACGGGUCACCUGCCGCCUGGUGAAACGCCACCGCCUGGCGACCAUGCCCCCGAUGGUGGAGGGAGAAGGCCUGGCCAGCCGCCUGAUCGAAGUCGGACCCUCUGGCGCGCAGUUCCUGGGGCCCGUCAUCGUGGAGAUCCCGCACUUCGCUGCCCUGCGAGGGAAGGAGCGGGAGCUGGUGGUGCUGCGCAGCGAGAACGGGGACAGCUGGAAGGAGCACUGCUGCGAGCACACGGAGGACGAGCUCAACGAGAUCCUCAACGGCAUGGACGAGGUGCUGGACAGCGCUGAGGACCUGGACCGUAAGCGCAUCUGCCGCAUCGUCACGCGUGACUUCCCGCAGUACUUCGCCGUGGUAUCCCGUGUCAAGCAGGACAGCCACCUGAUCGGACCCGAGGGCGGUGUGCUGAGCAGCACAGUGGUCCCGCAGGUGCAGGCGGUGUUCCCCGAGGGUGCGCUGACCAAGCGGAUCCGCGUGGGCCUGCAGGCGCAGCCUAUGCACGGCGAGCUGGUCAGGAAGAUCCUGGGGAACAAAGCGACCUUCAGCCCGAUCGUCACCUUGGAGCCCAGACGGAGGAAGUUCCACAAGCCCAUCACCAUGACCAUCCCCAUCCCCGAGGCCGCCAGCGACGUCAUGCUGAACGGUUUUGGGGGAGGUAAUCCGACCUUGAGACUCCUGUGCAGCAUCACAGGCGGGACCACUCCUGCACAGUGGGAAGACAUCACAGGAACCACGCCGUUAAAUUUUGUCAAUGAGUGUGCUUCCUUCACCACCAACGUGUCUGCCAGGUUCUGGCUGAUCGACUGUCGGCAAACCCAGGAGUCCGUCGCCUUCGCCUCCCAGGUGUACAGGGAGAUCAUCUGCGUGCCGUACAUGGCCAAGUUCGUGGUGUUCGCCAAAUCGCACGACCCCAUCGAGGCGCGGCUGCGGUGCUUCUGCAUGACUGACGACAAGGUGGACAAGACCCUGGAGCAGCAGGAGCACUUCGCGGAGGUGGCCCGCAGCCGGGACGUGGAGGUGCUGGAAGGAAAGCCCAUCUACGUUGAUUGCUUUGGCAAUCUCGUGCCAUUGACCAAGAGUGGCCAGCAUCACAUAUUCAGUUUUUUUGCCUUUAAAGAAAACAGACUUCCUCUCUUUGUCAAGGUACGAGACACGACUCAGGAGCCGUGCGGACGACUAUCAUUUAUGAAGGAGCCGAAGUCCACGCGAGGCCUGGUGCACCAGGCCAUCUGCAACUUGAACAUCACCCUGCCUGUCUACAUCAAGGAGUCCGAGUCGGAUCCGGAGCAGGAGGAAGAGAUCGAUGUGACAUCAGAAAAAAAUGAUGAGACAGAGUCGACAGAAACAUCUGUCCUGAAAAGCCAGCUGGUCACUGAGGCCCCAGCCCUGGCGAGCCCGGACCUGCUCUCGGAAGUCUCUGAGAUGAAACAGGGCCUGCUGAAGAUGAGUGCCCUGCUGACCACAGAUGCGGCCGACAGGGCAGGGCCGCUCAGGGACAAGGAGCCGGCUGGGCCCUCCCAGGAGGAGCCGGGGGAGCCCUUUGAAAUCGUGGAGAAAGUGAAGGAGGACUUAGAGAAGGUGAACGAGAUCCUGAGGGGGGGGUGCUCGGAGGGGGAGGGCCGUGAGCCGGGGCCCCAGCAGGACGAGGAGUGGGUAGUUGUCAGUGACGAGGAGAUAGCGGAGGCCAAGCAGAGGGCACCCCUGGAAGUCCCCGAGGUCCCCUGUGUGGAAGUGAGACUAGCGAGGGAGACCCCAGCCCAGGGACAGAAGGAUGCCACGGGGCUGGUCAACUACCUCAUUGAGGACCUGAGCUCCUACACGGCCUCUCCCGGAGGGGCCCCGCAGCCAGUGCCCCGUGCGGCCGGGGCCGGGCGCGCUGGGAGCCAAGGGAAGGACGUUCCCCGAGAUGGGACGCAGAGAGCGCAGAAGGAGCGCAAGCCGGGCCUGGGCGUGAAGAAGCCCGCGCGGAGGAAGCUGAGAGAAGACCUGACGCAGAAAGAGGAGGGCGCACAGGCCGGCACGGGGAAGCUGGGGCUGCGAAAGGGCAGCUCCGAGGAGUCCGCGGAGGAGGACGCGGGGUUAGCUCCGGAGCCGCAGCCCGCGGGGAAGGCCACGUCGCCCUUGGUGGAAGAGACACCCAUCGGCUCCAUCAAGGACAAAGUGAAGGCCCUUCAGAAGCGGGUGGAAGACGAACAGAAAGGUCGAAGCAAGUUGCCCGUCAGAGUCAAGGGCAGAGAGGAAGUGCCCCGGAGGGCCAGCCCCAGGCUGCCACCAGCCGCCUCGCCCCCUCUGAAGUCCGACAGGCGGGCACCUGCCCCCCCGGCCUCCAAGGCAGACAGACACUCUUCCCUCACCGCCUCCGCCAAGUCCGACAGGCAUCCUCCCACAUCACCACCGAGUAAAACGGACAAACACUCGCCCGUGUCUUCCUCAACGAAAACCGACAAACACUCGCCCGUGUCUCCCUCAACGAAAACCGACAAACACUCGCCCGUGUCUCCCUCAACGAAAACCGACAAACACUCGCCCGUGUCUCCCUCAACGAAAAACGACAAACACUCGCCCGUGUCUCCCCCAACGAAAACCGACAGACCGUCGCCUGCAUCCUUGUCAGGCAAAAAUGGGAAACACUCCCCUGUGUCACCUUCAGGCAGAGCAGACAGACACCCACCUGCGUCGCCAUCUCCAUCGGGAAGGACGGACAAACAUGCACCUGCGUCACCGGGGAGGACAGACAAGCGCCUGCCCGUGUCCCCGGCGGCCAGGACGGAAAAGCACCCGCCAGGGCCAGCCCCUGGGAAAGCGGAGAAGCGCCUCUCGGCGCCCCCGUCUGGGAAAACGGAAAAGGCAGCUCCCGUGUCCCCCACCUCGAGGACCGAGCGCAUCGAGGAGACCAUGUCCGUGCGGGAGUUGAUGAAGGCCUUUCAGUCAGGUCAGGACCCGUCCAAACACAAGGCCGGACUCUUCGAGCACAAAUCCCCCAAACCAAAGCCGCCACAGGAAAAGGGCCGGGCUCGGGCAGAGAAAGAAAAGGGGCAGGGGCCCGCCCAGAGAGAGACCCCGAAAACCGGGAGUCCGCCCCCCAAGCCCGGCCAGAGGUUCCCGGGAGCUGUGGCCACAGGUGCCUCUAGCCCGAGAGAAAACGCCGCUGGAGGGAAGGAGCCGGUGUCGGGCCACACGAUGCCGCCACCUGUGGGGCAGGCCCUCGGGGAGGAGCCGGACGAGCCGGGCAAUGGGGACCCCCAGAUCAGCCCCGACCGCAGAACCUCCACCGACUUCUCGGCGGUGAUUAGGCAGGAGCUGGAGGACAACGCCCGGUACCAGCAGUUCUGCCACCGGGAGGAGCCGGAGCCGGCGGAGGCGCAGCUGGUCCCGGAGCAAGUGCUCACCAGCCCCUUCCCCAGGGCCUUCCAGCCGGAGCCGGACAGCGGGGAGCUGCUCCCGGGCCUGGCCUUCCGCCUGGAUGGCAGCUGGGAGAACCUGCGGCAGGAGGGGGCGGUGGGGUCCCCAUGUGGCAGCCUGAUGGAGGGGACCCCCCAGGCCAGCUCAGAGGAGAGCUACAAGCACGAGGGCCUGGCCGAGACCCCCGAGACCAGCCCAGAGAGCCUUUCUUUGUCACCAAAGCAAAGCCAGGAGCAACUUGGGGAGCCCAGUGAAACCACCCCCUUGGAAACAGACAGCCGUUCGGGUGAAGAACGGUCCUCCACCAAAGACACUGGCGACGCUGCCGGAGAGCCUGGCGUGGCUGUCACCGGGGGCGCUGAGCCCGCAGCCAGCGGUGUGAAGGAGGCCACCCCGGACCUUCCCAGAGAGACGGGCCCCACCCCCGGGGGCGGCGACCUGGGCCACUGCGCUGUGUCCCCAGCGAAGGAGGCUCCUGCCCGUCUGACUGAGGACGUGCCCGGUGAGGACGGUCCACCUGCCCACGAGACACGGACUGAGCCCCGAGCUCAGAGACCCACAAGUCCCGAGCUCGAGGCCCCCGUGAUGACUGGCCAGGCCCAGGCCGCCCCCCGCAGCCCUCCAGGCCUGGAGCUGUCCCUCCGUCAGCCCGACACCGAGGUCCUCAGCCCCGGGGCCGACGAGUCCCUGGCGGUAAGCCACCAGGACUCCCUGGAGGCCAGCCCCGUGCUGGAGGACAACUCCUCCCACAAAACCCCGGACUCCCUGGAGCCCAGCCCCCUGCGCGAGUCCCCGUGCCGCGACUCCCUGGAGGGCAGCCCAGUGGAGCCCAAGGUGAAGGCCGGCGUCUUCCCGGGCCACUCUCCUCUCCCUGCCGCUGUCGCCAGAGCAGAGCUCCUCUCCGAGGGGGCCUCCGUGCGGGCCCGGCUGCUCCGCGACCCCGACGGCAGCGCCGAGGACGACAGUCUCGAGCAGACAUCCCUCGUGGAGAGCUCAGGGAAGAGCCCCCUGUCCCCCGACACUCCCAGCUCCGAAGAAAUCAGCUACGAGGUCACCCCCAAGGCCUCAGACACAAGCCCCCCCAAACCAGCUGUGAUUCCCGAAUGCGCAGAGGAGGACAUGGAAAACGGGGAGAGAAAGAGGUUCACCCCUGAGGAGGAGAUGUUUAAAAUGGCCGCCAAGAUCAAGACCUUUGACGAGCUCGAGCUAGAAGCCAAGCAGAAGAGGGGCCACCGGAGAGAGCCCGAGCCCGAGGGCUCUUCCUCUUCCCAGCCCGACACCCAGCGUCCGGCGGAUGUGGGCGGGCCGUGUGGGCAGCACACCGAGGACAGGCGUGACGUCCCUGUGGUGGUGACUGCCGGCAGCAGGGCAACAUCCUCCUCCUCGGAGAGCGAGCCGGAGCUGGGGCUGCAGAGAGCGGGCGCCGACCCAGGCCUGCUCCCGGAGCCGGUCAUCCACGUGCAACCGCCGUCCCCACUCCCAUCCAGCGUGGACUCCAGCUCCAGCCCCGAGGAAAUGCCCUUCCAGCCGACCGCCUCCAAGCAGUACACGUUCAGGGUGAGGGAGGAUGCUGAGGGGCCCGGGGCGUCGGGAGAAGAAGCGUGCGCACCUCAUCCGCCGGAAGGCAGCCAGGUGGGUCGCCCCGGGGGCCCGGACCCAGCCUCCGACGGCCUGGACAGAGAUGCUGACCAGCCCCAACUCUGUGCGGGCCUCGGGUGUGAAGCGGGGAGCACAGGCAGCUGGGCCUCGCCCAGCCCCUCAAGUCCCUGUGGUGCCCCCCAUGCUGAGGUCCACGAGGAGCUGGCUGGCUGGGAGGAGCCAUCGGCCCCGCAGCCCCCGGAGAAGAAGGACUCGGAGGGAGAGGCGCGCCCCGGAGCUGUGCUCCCCAGCGAAGGCUCUUCACCUCCGCCCCCAGGGCCCGAUGGUCCAGCAUCUGAAGGAAGAGGGUCAGAUGAAGACCUCGUCUCUGCACCUCCCACCACGGAAGCGGGGGCCACAGGACCCGGCCACGCCCCCAGGAGGCUCCCCAGGGCCUGCCCCACGCUCGCCGCCACCACCACUCACACAGACACACUGUCCACGGACGGCCCAGGCUCCGACCGAGCCGGGACCGAAGACGUCUGUGACCUUCACGUCACAAGCCCGUAUGAAAACGUUCCUCCCCAGUCUUUUUUCUCCAGCGAAGAGAGCAAAACCCAGACAGAGGUGAGAUACACGAGUUUCCACUCGGCAGAAGCGUGUUCUGUGACCAUCACGUCCUCUGCGGAAGGUGUGGCGGUGGCCCGCUCCUCCCAUGCCACCGUUUCAAGCAGAGAGUGCAGUUUUGAGGGCCAGAGCAUGAAAUCCACACAAGAAAGCACCUUGUGGGAGACGCAGGUGGAUGGCGCCCCUGCGUCCGUCGGGCCCCCGCAGCCCUGCGCCUCUGCGGUCCCCGGCGAACAGGUGAGCACAGUCGUCAUCACCACCAGCCACGUGGACUCGGAUUCCUGGAGCGAGAUCCGCGAGGAUGACGAAGCCUUUGAGGCCCGCGUGCAGGAGGAGGAGCAGAAGGUGUUCGGUCUGAUGGCAGACAGGCUGUCCCAGGGCACCACCCCAGACACCACGCCGGCCCGGACCCCCACCGAAGAGGGGACCCCAACCGGUGACCAGAACCCGUUCCUGUUUCAGGAGGGCAAGUUGUUCGAGAUGACCCGGAGCGGCGCCAUCGACAUGACAAAGAGGUCCUACGCCGAUGACGGUUUUCACUUUUUCCAAAUCGGGCAGGACUCCCAGGAGGAGACAGUCUCUGAGGACGUGGCAGGAGACGGGGCUGCCGCCGAGCCCUCAGGGCCGGAGACACCAGCUCGGUCACUGGCACUUUCAGAAUCAAAAGACACAGACCUGGCUGACUUGCUCCCCUCUGACCUGAGUGAGGAGGGAGAGGGAACCCCGGCUUCCGAUAGUCACUUUUGCUCCCCGACAGGGAUCCCAGCCCCCCUGGACACGUUGGUUGCCUCUGUGGGCGCCGAGGACCUGCCCUCCAUGCCCGGGGGCGCCGCACCUCCUCCACCCGCUGUCCAGGUCCUGAUGGACGACUCCACAGUCACUGGGUCUGGAGUCUCAGGACAGGACGGUGGCUCUCCUGACUCCUCCCCGGAGGAGCAGAAGUCAGUCAUUGAGAUCCCCACGGCAGCCACAGAGAGCGUGCCUCCUUCGGAGAGCCAGUCCCAGGUCCUGGUCCGGCCCGUGCCCCCUGCUGUCCCCGCCCCGGCCCCUGCAGAGGAGAGCCUGCUGCCCAGCCCAGGCGAGGACAGGAGCGAGCAGGAGACAAAGCCCAGGUCUAAAAUCCCGGUGAAGGCGCCCCCCCACGCAGUGGGGCCGCAGCCUUCGCCUCUGCACUCCUCCCUGCAGAAGACAGGGCCUCCUCAGGGACAGGACGUGCCAGGCAGGGCCGCAGAAGACAGGGGCACCUCUGGCUCAGAGGCCAGGCCUUGGGACUCAAAGACCAGAAGUCCAGCGAAAGCUCCAAGCUGUGCUGAGGCUGAAGCGGAGAGCGGGGAGUGGGCGGAGGAGCUCGCGCUCGAGUCGGAGGCCGCAGCCUCGAGACCCAAGAUGUUUGCCUCCCGCCUGCCGGUGAAGAGCAGAGGCGCCCCAUCUUCCUGCAGGGGGGCCCCAAGCCCCACCCGGGAGAGCAGGGAGCACUUCCUUGACCUUUACAGGGACUCCAUAGAGUUCUUCGAGGAGAUUAGCGAGGAGGCGUCCAAGCUAGUGGACAGGCUCAGCCAGGCAGAGAGGGAGCAGGAGGCAGUCUCGGAUGACGAGAGCAGUAGCGCCCUGGAAGCCUCGGUGAUCGAGAGCCUGCCACCUGCCGCGCCCGAGCGCGCGGGCCCUGAGGACAUCUUUGACGCCAGGCCCAUCUGGGAUGAGCCCAUUGAGACUCUGAUUGAGCGCAUCCCCGAUGAGAGUGGCCAUGACCUCACGGAAGAUCAGCAGGAUGCGCAGGAGCGGAUGGAGGAGCGGCUGGCCUACAUCGCCGACCACCUGGGCUUCAGCUGGACAGAACUGGCCAGAGAGCUGGACUUCUCCGAGGAGCAGAUCCACCAGAUCCGGGUGGAGAACCCCAACUCCCUGCAGGACCAGAGCCACGCGCUGCUCAAGUACUGGCUGGAGCGGGACGGGAAGCUCGCCACCGACACCAGCCUCAUCGAAUGCCUCACCAAGAUCAACCGCAUGGACAUUGUGCAUCUCCUGGAGACCAGCACGGAGCCGCUCCCGGAGCGCGCCAGCCACAGCUACGCCGAGAUGGAGCAGACCAUCACGCUGGACCACAGCGAAGGGUUCUCAGUGCUGCAGGACGAGCUGCCCGCGCGGCACCCCCAGGCCCAUGAGCACGCAGUGUCCAGAGCAGGCGAGGCCUGUGGUCACCCCCCAAUCGUUUCUGACGAAGACCUCUCCAUCGGCUACUCCACGGUCCAGGAUGGCACCUCCAGGACGGACGGGGACAGCCCCGCUGGGGAGCGGGUGCGCGGGGGCCUGGCGGGGACAGGGACGCCCGAGGAGCCGGCCCCUGGGCCGCAGUCGCAGUGCUGUGUGACCAGCCCGUGGACACCAGGGCCAGACACCACAAAGGCCACGGCAGCCCCAGGCUCUCCCAGCAGGACCCCCGAGGAGGACAGGCCCCACCAGCCAGCCCCGCCGCCCCGGGAGCGGGCAGACUCGCCCCUCGUGCAGGAGCCCGAGGAGUUCAGGGAGGCCGGCUCUCCGAGGAGGAACAGCCUAGUGAUCGUGGAGUCGGCCGAUGAGCAGCCACCGGCCUUCCAGAGCCUCGAUGCAGACUCGGCGUUUCAGAAGGGAGACGACGUGCCUGACUUGCCCCCAGAAACAGUCACGGAAGAGACAUACGUGGACGAGCACGGGCACACGGUGGUGAAGAAGGUCACCAGGAAGGUCAUCCGGCGGUUCGUGUCCUCGGAUGGCACCGAGCGGGAGGAGGUCACCGUGCAGGGGCAGCCCCAGGAGCCCGUCAGCCUCGCAGACGCGGACGCCUACUCCAAGGUCAUCAAGCGUGUGGUGCUGAGGAGCGACACGGAGCAGGCGGAGGUGAGGUCCUGA